AUGUAAUAAUAAUAAAAGAAACCAAGUUGGAUUCAAUAAUUAUUUUGUGGGUGCGUUCGAGAAGAACCUCUUCAUUAAGACCAGAAAAUACAACGGUUGUCCAGUAAAAUGGAAAUUCAAAAGCAGAAGCCUGUGAAUCUAAUAUCUAUGUAACAACAAUCCGAAGGUUGGUUGAACAAGACUACAUCACAAGAGGUUGAUUAUUCAGCAGAUGUAGAAAGGGAUGCGGAUUUAGAUGAGGAUCAGGAAAAGAUUUAUAAGAGACAUCUAUCUUAUUUGGAGCAAAAUUCUCAGCUGCAAAAGACAAGCUUUUCGGAUGAAUUCAAUUCAAAUAAUAUUGAAAUGAAGUUAUUGCAUCGGAUAGGUGGGUUAUUAUCAAGAUAAAGCAAUAUCUAAAUAGAGAUUUAGUCACAUUUAUGGAUAAUGAAAAUAUUCAAAGACGUCCAAUUAGUUGUGCAAGACAAGGAGUUCGAAUAAAAAUUUAAAUCUCAAUUGAUUAAUUCUGCUAUCGUUGACAUCAUGAACUAGAGAAUUAAGACGAACACUAUUUUAUUGGCUCAUGAUCCAACAGGAUCCAUAUUACUUAAAUUGGCAAGUCCAAGUAGAAAGAUCUAAUACUUAUAAUAGGAUAAGACUUUCUCAAAUAUCAUAGAUAGAGGGAUUUGUAUGUUGAAAGUGAAAGUGGAUAAAGUUUUAAAAAUGGAUUUGGAUUAGAAAGUAGAUGUUGUCAUUGUUAAUUUAUAUUAUGUUGAUUGCAAAGAUAAUCUAAAGAACAUUAUGUAUGAGUAUCUGCAGUAUGCUCAUGACAUUAUUAUUCUUUUACAACCAAACAUAGAAAAUUCCAUAAUCUAUGAUUCUGCUGAGUAAGCUAUCUCAUUAACUGAACAAGCUAAUUAAAAUUGCAGUGUUGAACUGUAAUGUCUGACUGAUAGCAAUAACAAUAAUAUAGCUAAAUUGCUAUAUUACGGUGACAUCACGGAAAUUACAUUAAAUGACGAAUUGAACUUUGUUUACUCAUGCAUUGAUUCCUCAAUCAAGAAACAAUAUAAUUAUAAGCUCAUGCUUAGAGAUUUAAGAAAUCAAUUGGGUAUGAGCAAACUCAUCAGAAAACUUAGUCAAUCUCAGAUCAUUUCAGGUAUUGGAUCUUUUCCUGAUUUUGUCACUAGUAUAAAUGGAAGCAUCAAAAAAUAUUAGUUGAUGAAUGUACAAACUAAAGAUUUUGAAAAUGAGAAUCAAGAUGCAAAACAUAAAUUAAGUGAAUUGCAGUCUUCAUCCUCAUCAACCGAGUCAGAACCUGAAGAUUAUUAGGAUAAAAUUGGUUCAUUUAGUGAGUCAUAUAAUCAAUCUUAGAUAUUGGAACCUCUUUAGUCCAAACAUUGCAAUUCAUAACACUUUAAUAUUUGA